GAAUUAGGGACUCGAGGUCAGUGGGGAAGAACGUAGGCUACUUACCAUGUCCACUUCCCCUGAGCCCCAGGUGGUGCGGUCCCAGAGCUGGGACAUUGCAGGACCGGGUCGGAGGAUGAGAGCGAACACACUUGGAGGGAAUCCAGCUUGUGUGCUGCAGCUGCUUGUCGUGGCUGCUGUUCGCAGCUUCACCAGCAGUUGAGAAAUUAUUGAACAAAAAUGACUGAAAGAAUUUUAGAGAAGCUAAUAGCCUUGGAUGAAUAUUCAGAGAAGAUGAUGGAAAUGCGGGCACUGAAAUGUCGGAUGCGAAAUAUCAGUGUGAAGAAGAGUCUGGCCCUUCCCCUGACCUUUGAGUUCUACACUGGCUUUGAAAGGCCCUGUCCUAAAAUUAUUGCUUCAAAACUCAAAGAAUCCUUGCAAAAAAAGCAGCCUUUGGUAAAUGGUCAAAAGAUGGACAGCAAAGUAGCCAGUGGUCUGAAUGUAUGGAAGCCCAAAGUCCUAACUUCUGGACUUUUGCCCAGAAAGUGUCUCUUUGGGAAGGCAAAUAUAAGACCCUAUUCUGUUCCAGGCAACCUGAAAUAUCACCCUCUAGUAGAGAAACUACAACCUUCAGAAAUACCUGAAAAAUGGAAGAUGGCAAAGCCUUUUCUUAACCUAAAAUACAAGGGUAAAACUGAGACAGGGCACAUUAUAUCAUGGGUCGGAACACCUGAACCAACGUUACCAUUGAAAGAACCUGACUUCGGCCCUGCAGAAUUUUCAACUCCAUAUUAUCAAUCCAGUCAUAAAGAAAAUGAAAAGUUACCAGGUAAAAAUAAAUUUCCCUGUCAGAAAUCUGUAACAAUCUCCGACCCAAGUGAUAUUUUAAUGAAGGAUGGCAUAAAAGUAAGGAAAAAAACGACUACCCCAAAAGAUACUGCUUCUCCGGGAAAAAACAAAUGGUUCAGAGACGUCUUUUCCCCUGGACAUGAUGUAGAGAACGAGACGACACAUCUGAUACCUUUGAGCUUUGAGGAUGAAUUGAACAAGCCAAAUGCCAAGAUCAUCAACCUCGAUCAAGCAAAGCAAGAUGUGCCUUCCCCGACGCUAAGUAGCACCAAACCUAUAGUUUUUCAUGAUAUGGGAUAUGUACAAAUGUUUUUUUUGACCAGAAACAGGCAUUACCUGAAAAAUAAAGAAAAACCAAUCACUGCAAAAACAAAUCUUGUUUUGAAAAAGAACAAUGAAAUCAUAAAAUCCUUAAUCAGUGAUCCAUUGAGCGCUGUUUUCAAUGCAAAGGGAACACUCUUGGAUGAAUGGCAAGUAGAUGCUGCCACAACGCCUGAAAUGGCAGAAAACUGGGUAAAAGAAGACUCAUACAGGACAGUUGAUUUCUCAUCAGACCAAAUACCUGGUGAGGACUUUCAGAGAUCUCAAGAUUCGGCUCCAGAUCCUUCCCAGUUUCGAUACUCUUCAAAUGCCAGACACUCCAAGUACCUUCAGAACUUUCGUGCAGUCCGCAAGUGUGAAAGAAUGACUCACCUGGAUAACCUUUUGAGCAGAAAGCCUCCUGAAGCAUCACGGGCAUUUAAAACCAUCAAUGAAACCCAAAAUUUGGGAAAUAAACCCCAGACUCCUAGCACAUUCAAACAGAAUGAGAAGCUUCCAGGUUCGGCUUUUGAGUCAAAAGCCCCAGAGCCAGAGAGAGCGGAAUUCAAACAGAAUGAGAAGCUUCCAGGUUCGGUUUUUGAGUCAAAAGCCCCAGAGCCAGAGAGAGUGGAACAAGCCAUUAAAGAAGAUCAUGUGGAUUUCAAGGGGGGCAAACCCUUAUUUUUGACAUCUUUGGAAGAUGGCAAGAACUGGGUGAGUGAAAAAGCAGCGCCAGGGCGGUCUUCAUAUCCGUUCAACAAUUCCACAAAACAAUGAGAAUCAGCAAUGGGAAAAGACUGGAUACUUCCCAGAUGCCUAGCUCCUGGAGCCAAAAGGACAGCAUUGAUCAACCAGCUCAUCACCGAUCAUCAAACAAGACGGAAGAUUUCGCACUCUGUCAGUUUACCUAAAGGCUUUUAAAUGUGACUUAGAUAAAACCAGAUUUUGAAUAUAAAAUGACCUUGUUCAUUAGACGUCCAAGAGUGUUCAAAGAUGCUUUAUCAAUAAUGAAAUCAUCUUUUCAUUUA